UAAGCGUGGCGAGCGUUCCAGUUUACUAUAUAUUUCAGCGCUCCCAACUCAUCUCUGUGUGUAGUCUUUCGGAUUUACUGAAUUUGGACUGAAUGAAUCCCGGAUUUAUGGAAAAUGAUGUUGCACGAAAAUAUUAAUAUGAAAGGAUAUACAUUAAUUUUACCAUCAGUGUCUACGGGUAAUGUCGGGCAAUUGACUGUGGACUUACUAAUUUCCAGCCUUAAUUUAAAAAAAACGGGUCAAUGUAUUGUUAAAUCAUUUAUCCCCAUUGUUGGACCAGACCCGUAUGACGAGAAAUCGCCUGAAUUAUGUACUGCGAUUGAUUUAUUUAUUGAACCCAAGAAAAAAAUUGCUGUCCUUCAAAUUCGUUCACCACGGGUUAUAUCAUCUACAGAGAUAUUUGCAACGUUAAAGUCAUUUAUCAACAAAAAUGAAAUAUCAAAAGUAAUAAUUUUGGCCAGUAGUUAUAGUCAUGAAAUGAAAGAUGUGCAGUUACAGGGCUCACAUUUACGGUACCUUGCCUGUUCAAGUACUUUGAAAAAAAAUAAAUCUACAUUUGAUAAUAUGAACUGGAUAGAAUUAGAGCCGAAAGUUGAUGAAAAAAAUAAUGCUACAAUCACUAGGAUACCUGGUGGCGGUUUUGCAAAAGUUUUAUAUGACAAUUUGUGCAAAGCAAGUAUUGAAUCUACUAUUUUGAUUAAAUUCUGUUCAGAAGGAGAUAAUAUUUUAGAUGCACUGGCACUAUUGUCUUACCUAAACCAAUGGGUAUGUUUAAUAGAACUUAAAAACAAUGGUAUUGAGAGAAGAGUUAAGUAUCCGUUAUCAUGGAAAAUGUUGUUUGGAAAUCUUCCGCCAUGUGAAAUAUAUUAAAUUUACCAAGAACACGACCAUGUA